CAAACCGGUGUUUGCAACGGAACUUUAAUCCGCGGUUGUAAUCCUUCUUCGUUAGUGCACCUUUCGGCCACAAUGUCCAGCUUCAAGUACUCGGCGGCGGGUCACCAGAAAACGCAGAUGAAGCAAACCGGCAACCGGAACGUCGGCUACCGGGUGGACGUGCUCAAGUGGAGUGACAAGAUGGACCUGCUCGCGAUCGGCAACGACCGGGGCGAGGUGAUUCUGCACCGGCUCAAGUGGCAAAAGGUGUGGCAGCUGGCGCCGCCCGAGGAGGGCCUGCUGGUGCGCGGAAUCGCCUGGAGACCGCUGGAGAAGGUGAUGGCCGUGGCGUACAGCAACGGGACGGUGCUGCUGGUCAACAUCGAAAACAAGGAGGAAAUUUACAGCUUCAGCGUGCGGGCGGACAUUAGCUGCAUGAACUGGACGGAGAAUACGCGCGAGGUGACGGAGAAUAACUGCAGCGGGGAUGCGAUUAACAAUCACACGACGUUUCUGCCUCCGUUGCCGAAUCUGAAUUCGCUGUCUUCGACGGCCAAGUCCAGCGACUACAAUUCGCUCAAGUUUUACUCGAAGCAGAUCUUGAAUCUUCUGAUUAUCGGCAGCGUCAACGGACACAUCAAUCUGUCUGUGUUUGGAAUGCUGUCGUGCUGCGAAAUCGAUCUAUUUCAACGGUUAAACAUUCGGCCGGAUGGAGCAUGCAUUCGGGACGCAAAAAUGAGUUCAAAUUUCAAGCAAUUGUUUGUGACGAUCGAGCGGGAAGGUCUGCUCGAGGUGUUCAUCUUUGAGAACGACAUUCUGCAGAAGUACUCCACUUCGUUGCUGAAUUUGGCCAUCAAGCACGCGCACAUCCUCGGCACGAUGGCUUACAUCAACGACACGAUCGAGUGCAUAAUCGAAGCGUGGGAAACGGUACUGCUAGAGAUGGACAACAAACUGACCAAGUACGCGCACGGACAGCCUCAGGGUUCGAUCGCGGCGGACUUUCUGGAGCUGCUUAUGUUUGGGUGUACUUCGCCAGCGCUGGAGCAGUUUCUGCUGAGGGAUUUGACCGAGAAGGGACUCAAGAAGUUGGGCAACAGCAUCGAGUUGAGCUAUUCGACGAUCCAGAAGUUGGUGGUGAAGCCGCUGCACACGGCAAUCUGCAGCGUGUUCUAUCACUUGAACACUCUCCAGGGGAUGAUCAGCAACGUGUACUACUACAAACCUUUGCUGGGGGACGUGACCAACGAGGCGUUGGUCAACUGUGGCGCGUUCCUGAUUAAGGCGUACGAACUGCAGCAAACGAUCGACACGAGCACGCGCGACUUCAAGAUCUUUUUCCGCUGGCUCUACAUCGUGAUCUUUCGCCUGAUGGACGAAUCUCUCCCCGAGGACAAUCCUUCCGUGACGCAGCAAGAAAUCAACUACCUAGCGGAAUUCCUGGACAACUUUGACGCGGCAAACGGUCCGGAACUCCCAGCCGAUGAAACCAUCACCGAGGAAAAGAAGCGCAAGUUCAACCUGGAACGCGUCGGUCAAUAUCUGGAAGACAAACCCCUAACCUACCCACCGAUGGCGGACAACGCAAACCAGUGGGCCAAGCUGCUCGAGCAGAACGCGUGCCUCAAAUCGUGCCCGCUGAUCUUCCCCCACCACGACGGCAGCUCCCUCGUCCAACAGCACAACCAGCUCAAGCAGAGCAUCGAGCGUAUCUUCGAGAAACCCGUCGCCGUCAUCGGGGCCGACUUCCAACAGCGCAGUGUCCUCUCGAUCCGCUGCCCAACCUCAGAGCCAUUCCAACGCGCCGUGUCCCACAUCCCCACCAACGAAGGCAAGCAGUCCCUGUUCGCUCUGCUCGAGUCCGAGUCCAGUCUCGUCAUCGCCCAGUGCAACUCCGCCUCCCUAAUCCGUGCCCUGCGCGUCCGCUUCGACGAAAAGCCCUACUUCGACUCGCGCCUCACCGACGUCGGCGAGCUCACCUUCAAGCACGUCCAGUUCUACAACGAAGACACGCUGUCCGCCCUGCUGCGCUCGCGAACCGCCGAAGGACGCUCGCAAAGCUACUUCCUGCAGCUGCCCCUGCACCGCAUCCGGGAACUGCUGGAAGCGAUCCCGUACGGCAGCGCGCAAACGAUUAGCGAGCAGGGCACUCGAAUGGUGAACGCGUACACGCUGAUCGACGGGGACGGGGCGUUGAAGCCGUUGGAGGGGUUGGACGGGGGGAGGAUUGCGGUGUCCGGGUCGCGGAACGUGGCGGCGGUCGUGUCGGAGUCGCUGAAGACGAUCCGCAUCUACGAUAUGGACGCGCAGGAGGAGGAGGACGAGCUGCUGCUGGACACGUCGCACGAGCAUAACAGCAGUUUGGACAAUAGCAAGGAGUCGGUGCAGUCGAAUUGAGGUUAAUUUGAAUAAACUAGGCUUAGGAAAUUC